UUUUUUUUCCCUUUUUAUAAUCGAUUUCGAAGCAAAUGAAAAUAUUAACAUGGAAUGUUAAUGGAUUAGCAAAAACAUUACAAUAUUAUCCUUGGUCAGAAAAGAAAUCAUAUAAAUACCUACUUGAUGAGCUUAAUUCGGAUAUUAUUUGAAAUAAAAAAAGUUUUCAAGAAGUUAAAUGUCAACGUUCAAAAUUAACAAGGGAUAUGGCGAUUGUUCCAGGUUAUCAUGCUUAUUUUUCAUUCUCAAAGGUCAAGUUGGGCUAUUCAGGCGUUGCAGUCUAUGUCAAAGAUACAUUUCAGCCACAGCCUAUUCAUGCAUAUGAAGGAAUUACAGGUGUAUUAGAUGGUGUCGACAAUAAUGAUUUUGUGUAUGAUUUAAAUACACCAGCAGAGAUAUUAGACGCAGAAGGUCGUUGUAUCAUUUUGGACUUUGGAUUCUUUGUGCUAUUUAACAUUUAUUUUCCAAAUUACUCUAAUGAAACAAGAGCAGAAUUUAAAAUGGAUUAUCAUGCUUGUGUACAAAAGCGGGCCGACUAUUUUAUGAAUAAAAGGGGAAAACAAGUGCUGAUUGUAGGUGAUGUGAAUGCAGUCCACGAAGAAAUCGAUCAUUGUGAUCCAAAACAAAGCAUGCUAGAUCAUGGUAUUGACGAUUUUAAAGAUUUGCCUCAUAGACGUUGGUUAGAUAAUAUGAUUGAGCCAAAAGGAGAAUUUAUUGACACGACACGACACUAUCAUCCUAAACGUGAAAAAAUGUAUACCUGCUGGAAUACAAGGAUUAAUGCAAGACCAAGUAAUUAUGGAACUAGAAUAGAUUAUAUACUAGCGUCCUCAGGUUUACGACCGUGGCUUCAAUAUUCAGAUAUUCAGCCAAAUAUAAUGGGAUCUGAUCAUUGUCCAGUAUAUGCAGAAUUUUUAUCAAAUAUGCCACAAAUAGCAGCAAAUCACAACGAGAAUGAUACUCGAACCAAUUCUUCAUUACUUUUGUCUACCAAUUUCCCUGAAUUUAAAGAACAAAACAAGUUAUCAAACUAUUUCCUAAAAAGGACCGAACAGCCUCUACAACAACAAGCUAUUACAACACUAAAAAGAAAUCAUACUCAUACUAAUACUAAUAAUGACAGUCAUCAGAAUAAAAAGACUAAACGAAAUCAUAUUACUGUGGAUAAUUUUUUCAUUAAAAAGGACAGUAACAUUUUAAAAGCAACUAGUAGCAAUCACAUUCAUGCAGAAGAACAAAAAGAAACAAUAAAAUCCACAUGGAAUUCUAUCUUUAAGCCAAAAGAAAUACCAAAGUGUAAAUUUCAUAAUGAACCAUGUAUUGAAAGGACUGUAACUAAAAAGGGCCCUAAUUUGGGUCGUAUCUUUUAUAUUUGUUCAAAACCUGUUGGACCACAGGAUGGUCCAAAAGAAGAUUACAGUUGUAAUUUUUUUCUAUGGAAACAACAGUCCAAGAAAUAAUAAAAUUUGUAUAUUUUUAUAUGUGUAUAAUA